AUGGACUUGAUUCGAGAUGCGCCCAUUGGCCAGUUGGUGCGCUGGCUCACCCACAAUCGAGUAUUGCAGUAUCCCGAGGAGAAGCCCGGCUUCCGUUGCCCAGCAAGCUAUACCGGCCGAGACGACCUUGCAGAGAAGUCUCAUCCUGAGUCUGUUUCGCGCACCUGGAACAGUCAAUCGGCGGAUCCAGAUCGCGCCAUCGACGCAACGGACAUCGAGAAGAAAGACCUGGAACCCAUAGAGGAAGGCGCCCAAGAUGAAUCCCCCAGGAUUUCGGGCAUUGAUCGUCCGACUCUGCAAUCUAUGCCGACAGCUCGAUCAGAUCUCGAGCAUGCCUUGACUACCGAGGACUUGGAGAAGCUGGAAACGACAAAGAGUCAUAUGGAGCGAGUUGGCACGCGCGCCACCCUGCAGCAGAUCCGUACACAAGCAGAACUCGAAGCUGCCUUCACUGCAUCCACCAUCGCGAAAGAGCCCAGUCGCGCGAUACUGCCACAGCGAACAAGCAACGGAGAUAUCCUGGUAGACUGGUACACUGAAGGGGAUCCAGAGAACCCCCAGAACUGGUCAAGUGGCAGGAAGCUCGUCGCUUCAUCUAUGAUAUACAUUUACACCAUGGCUGUAUACAUGGGAUCUUCGAUCAUCACCUCCUCAACCGAAGGCAUCAUGGAAGAGUUUCACGUUGGGCCAACAGCCGCCAGCUUGACUCUUGCGCUGUACACGCUAGCUUACGGCAUCGGGCCAUUACUCUUCUCUCCCUUGAGCGAAAUACCGAGCAUUGGCAGAAAUCCACCAUACAUGAUCACAAUGGCAAUCUUUGUCAUUCUGUGCGUGCCUGCAGCUCUUGUGCAAAACUUUGCCGGACUUCUCGUGCUUCGUUUCCUGCAAGGCUUCUUUGGAUCCCCCUGCCUUGCCACUGGUGGGGCGAGUCUGCAGGAUAUGUACAGUCUGAUCAAGCUGCCUUAUGUGCUUUGCAUUUGGGCAUUUGCUGCCGCUUGCGGCCCAGCGCUGGGACCACUCAUCUCAGGAUUCUCAGUAGCAGCUGAGGACUGGCGAUGGUCUCUUUGGGAGAUGCUUUGGCUCAGCGGGCCUGUAUUUAUUGGCAUGCUCUUCUUCCUGCCCGAAACAUCUACUGCCAAUCUCUUGCUGCGGCGAGCACAGAGGUUGAGAAAACUCACAGGAGAUUCAAGAUUGAAAGCUCAGUCUGAAAUCGAUCAAGCAAACUCGAAACCAAGGGAUAUCGCUUUCGAAGCUCUGGUCAGGCCACUACAACUUAUGGUCAUGGAUCCUGCAAUCGCUUUCACGGCAGUCUACGUGGCGUUGUGCUAUGGCAUCUAUUAUUCCUUCUUUGAGGCGUUUCCUCUGGUAUACAUUGCGAUGUACGGCUUCAAUCUCGGCGAGCUUGGAUUGACAUUCCUCUCCAUCACCGUCGGCUUCAUACUGGCCAUUGCAGCAUUCUACGCGUACCUUUACUACAUAUUGGAGCCGGAGAUUCGCAAAUUCGGCUUGGGUGCGCCUGAACGACGUUUGAUCCCAGCUCUGUUCGCUUCGUUCUUGUGUCCCAUCGGGCUCUUCAUCUUUGGUUGGACCUCCGAUCCAGAUAUACACUGGAUUGUCAGUGUGAUUGGUAUCAUGAUUUUCACAAUGGGUAUCUUUGUGAUCAUGCAAUGCAUUUUCGUAUACCUUCCUCUGGUCUACCCGCAAUACGCAGCAUCGCUCUUCGCCGGUAACGACUUUGCUCGAUCGACGCUUGCGUUCGCAGCAGUGCUAUUUUCGCGCCCAAUGUACCUCAAUUUGAACAUCGGGCCGGGUACAAGUCUCCUCGGCGGUCUCACUGCUGGGUGUAUUGCUGGUGUCUUCGCCCUGUACUUCUUCGGGGCAAGACUUCGUGCCCGGAGCAGGUUUAGUGCCAAGUAA